CCUAUGGAAUAUUUUCUCCAAGAUCACAGGGCAGUUAUUGACUUUUGCCGAAUAUGUAAUGUAGCUACUUUGGCAAUAAUAAAGCCUAGAUUAACAGCGCUAAUUAAUAUCUGAACCGGUAUUAAAGGAUUUGAAUGAAGGUAUUAUUUUCGGAAUGAAACAAAAGCACCUCAGUUUUCUUCAGAGGCGACAGUAUUAAAUUCCAAAAAUCAAUCAGGAGGACCAUAAUGAUGGCUAAACAUUAGUGAGGAAAUACGAGCAAUGUUGAAAUAAUUGGAUUAUAAUAAGAAGAAGAAAACAAGGAAUCAUUACUUCGAGGAGAUAAUUAACAUUAAAGAUGGCUGCCUUCAAAAAACUGCUGGGAAAUGUGAUGAAAAACAAACCAGGCGCGCCAAAGAAACAGGCUACUGAUGAUGGUGAGGAUGAUCCUGCACGUGUACCGAGUGCCAACUCAGAGAAGGGCGACAAGCUAUCCAAGAUGAUGAACUUGCUCACCAAGACAAAAAUGGCUGCUUCCAUUGCCCAGAGUGCCUCCGACAAGAGACCAAAGCUUGUUAUUUGGCCGGAAUGGAAUGAUACAGAUGUCAAUGCUGAAAAAUGGGAUAUGGCCCAUAAGGGCAAGGAGAAGGACAAGGGGAAGUCUCCAGUCGUGUCACACUCGUUCGAUGACCCCGAAGGCAAGAUUGAGAUGCCAGCAGGAGUCAAGGUGGACCAUUGGAAACGCCCGCAGGAGUACAUCACAGAGAAGACACCUGUUGUGGUUGACCCAGAUGGCAUGUCUUCAUUUGACCUGAUCACCAACAAUGAGCAUCUCCAUGAAAGUGAGUUGAUGCGCUACAUAAUCAGCCAGAUCAUGGCUCUGUGGGAGAUCUGCUCAGUGAAGAACCCUCCGGCGGACCAAGUGACUGCGGACCCGAGCACACCGUAUGAGGAGGUGUCUCACACAUGGAGGCCCUGGGAACACAUAUAUACGAUUAAUAAGGUCGUUAAGGGCCCGCAUGUGCCUCCCUACAAUCCAUACGGGAAAUACGCUGUCCGGCUGUAUUGGAUGGGCUGUUGGAGGAAGGUGAUUGUGGAUGACUCUCUGCCGUUUGAUGACAGUGACCGGCUCCUGUUGCCAUGUACAACCAUGCAGAAUGAGGUCUGGCCCAUGCUCCUUGCCAAGGCACUCAUCAAAGUUGCCACACUUGAUUAUACAGGAGGGAAUCCAAACUGUGAGUUUGGGGAUGUGAGCAUCGUGAACUGCCUGACAGGCUGGCUACCAGAAGCUAUUCCUCUACAGGGCUUUUUGAUCGGGGACGAGAAGCCCCCUACAGGGAGCGGUCAUGCCAAGGUAAAAACAUCUGAGUCAGGGCGGGCUUCCCCGCUCGUGUCUGCGGGACAGGUUAUUGAUAAGUUCAUCACACUGAGUAACCAGCCAAGUCGGGAAAACUCCGCUCUGAGGCCAGCGCCCAAGAAAAUGUGCUUGAGCGAGGACAACAGGUACGGUCAUGUGCGUGAGGUUUGGGAGCUGCUAAAGAACGUUUUGCCCGAAUUCAGUCUGCCCCUGCAGGACUGGCAGAAAGCCUUGCUGGAAGAGGAGAGGGCGAAGCAGGAGGAGGCCCAAGCACAGCAGGAGGGUAACAAGGAGAUUGUGGCUGAGAAGGAUUCGGCCAGCAAGGAUGGGAAGGGGGACAAGCCAGAUGCAAAGACCCCUGGGAAGGAAGCAGGCAAGGAGAAAGGGGCUAAGGAUGCCAAGGAGAAAGAGAAGGGCAAAGAAGGGAAGGACAAGAAGGGAGACAAGGAUAAAGACAAGAAAGGUGAAAAUUUAGAAUUGUCACCAACAAAAAGGGGUCAGAGUCGUUUGGGCUCUAGUCGUAAAAAUAUGUCAAGUCGUCUUGACGUUGACACGGAGGAAAGGAUUCCGCGUGGCUCUAGUCGCAUGUCCACAUAUAGUCGCAGUGAGAUGUCAGCAGAGGAGAAGACGCUAGAUGAAGCCCCGAUACCGGAGAACCCGGAGCUUGUCAUAUUUGCCUCGUACAGGAGCCCACCUAAACACCCUGUGAAAGUCUCUGUGAUGGGGGAAAAUGCUGACACAAGUGAGCGACUCCGCCAGAACGGGUUCUCAUACCUGUAUCCCCACCCAGUGUUGAUCACCCAGACACGUUCCUGCCCCCUCGAACCCCCACCCCCGCCGGAGAAAAUACCCGCCUGGAAGCUUAUAAGACCUCGCAAGAAGAAAACAACCCCAUCUGAUGAACCUGUCUCCACACCAGAACCACCCAAGCCCAUACAGUGUGUUGAGGUCACCUCCCCGUUCGUCAACUACAAAGUCAGCCCUGUCCCCAUUCCUACAGACACUCACAGACCAAAAUCUGCCCUUGAGCGGGGUGGUACACGUUCACGGCCUGGAACAGCUGUUCAAUCGAUCGAGGAGACGGACGAGAAUGCCCCAGAACCCGAGCCUGUCCCGGAGCCUUCAAAAGAAGAACAGAAAGAGGAGUUAACCCCCAUCGAAGUUGUCGAAGAAAAACCCACCACCCCUAGCAAGAGGACCGGGCGUAAAUCUGCCGGUAAAAAGGAACCAGAGUCAUCACCCAAGCCAGAGCGGAAGGGGAGCAGCAAGAAUACGGCUCAGAAGGAGAGGGAGCGGACAAAGUCUGUGUCCAAACCCCCGUCACGCGAGGGAAGCAGGAAGGAGGAACGUGAAAAGUCUGCUGAAAAGUUGGCAGAACCAAAUGCCCCACAGAGCCCACCAAGCCAGCUAGAGGCCCCAGGAGCAGGAGACCAGGCAGGGGGCCUUGCCCCACCACCAGAGAAUGGGGCAGGGGAGGGCCUUGACAUGCCUGAGGGUGAGGUUCCUGUAGAGGAGCCCAAACAGGAGGAAGAGCUGCCCAAGACGAAGAAAAAAUGGAUGGACUUUGAGGAGUUCUGCAGGUGCUUCAAGACGCUGUACAUCUACCACAAGCCGAACACCCACCCCUGUUCCGUGAAACACUCCGACCUCAAGAAACUGGAGUUCAAAUAUCUUGGCCAGAGCGUAGCGCCCCCGCCCCCAGCUCCGACAAAGGGAGAUAAGAAAUCUGUCCCCAACACGACCGGGGUAAAUGUUUCGCCCUCACGGACUGUCCAGACCCCCUCCCAUGCCUCCCCCAUAACUAACCCCACCCACCACCACCACCACCCUACCCCUAUUGGUGCGACCCAAGGUGGAUAUGACGACAAGGCUCCUCACUAUCUGUUCGUUGACAACCUGCAGCCAACAGAGAUAGUGGUAUCAUUCUCGUCGCUGUCAAGAUGGCCAGAGCCGCCAGUGCUCGUGGAGGAGAAGCGUUCACACACGAGUGUGAAGGGGGUCAAGGACAAGGUUGACGAGAAAGAGAUUACCAAUGUCACAUCCAGCAGUGUUAUGGAUGGAUCUAUCAGUGGUGAAAAGCCUGUGCCAGUUGUGGUGACGCCGGGCACACUGGUGGCGGAGCCGUACUCCUGGAAGUCCCUUGUCACUGGUCAGCCAAUCCUCCGCCUGCGAACCACUGCCAUCCGGGCAGCCGUUCUCUGUCUGCCUGCAGGUCGUCAUGUGUUGAAGUUCAUGAUGUCAGGACCCUUGGGCUACCACAUACAUCUAUGUUCUUCCACACAAUUUGUGUUUGGGGAUGAAGAACAAGUCAUGGCUCAACUCACGAAGGAGAGUUGCCGGUUUGUUGACAAUGCAACACAGGUAAUGAACUGUAUCGGGAAGUGCAUCAACGCAUUCCAGGACCAGGAAGAGUUCAAGAAAGCAUGGGCGGAGCUUACUGCCGCGCACUGUCCAUACCAGUAUGACAAACUGAUGUCCAAACAGCAACAUUUCAAGAUAUUUGCCGAAGCCCUGUAUACAUGUCUGCGGAAGGUGCUACGUGACAUUGCAAGCCCGGAGAUGGCGUUUGCCUGGCGGGCAUUUAUGUUUGACGCCACCACAAAGAACAUUUUUGUCAGCUCCUCAGGCAGCAGGCCAGCGACGGGUCACACAAGUCACAGAGGCUCGGCCAAACCCCCGGCCAACAAGAAUAAACAACCCGCAGCCCAGAACGAGGGUGAGACAGAGAAAGCCUCUUCCUCCUGGGAAAACAGGCAACCAACCACAGAAGAGCAGGUGGCUACUGUCAAGCUACAGAAGCAGUGGAAGGGCUAUUGGGUGCGGAAAAUCCGUGCAGCUCGUACCGGUGGUUCAGAUGAGAAUGCCAAGGUGGCUGCCAACCUACAGAAGUGCUGGACCUUACUGGAACAAGCCAUGGAGCCCUCGAGCCCUGAACACCCUGGGCUUUUCCUCUUUAGACACAUGUUCAAGCUGGAGCCGGACAUGAUGGUGAAAUACCCCUUCUACAAGGAUGAGUGGAACAAGAUUUCCUACAAUGACUACAAGGGACAGUACCCCGAUCAACCUCCCAACAACUGGUUUGUUAUCUUCAGGGAGGUGUUCCACGCCUCUGAGGAGAUGCUAGCGGUUCCUAAACUGUAUGUUCCCAUCAACACCUGCAUGCUGCGCGUCAUCAACAACGAUACAGGGGAAGAACUACCACGUGUCUUCCAGAAGGUGGCGCCAUACGUCUACAAGAAGAACAGGAAGGGCUACACAUUUGUUGCGGAGGCACGUACUACAGACCAGCCCCUACAGGCAGGCACAUGGAGAAUGCGCAUGAUUGGUUCCCUGUCCCCCCUCCCAGCCCCACCCCGGGGUGAGGUGAACAGCAGCUUCUCUGUGAAGGAGAUCAGAGACUACUACAUUCCCAACAGCAAAAAUGUCAUCUUCAGGUAUGCCGUGAAGGUGAGCGAGGACCAUCUGACGAGCAUCCAGGUGAACACAUCGAAGGGUGACGUACACAUCAAGCUGGUCGUAUUGAACAAUGAAGAGGAAGUAGCGAGCACACUGGGGAAGGGUCAUGCUGUCAUCCCGGCAUUCACCUUCCUCAAGGACAUCAACCCAGAUGAGGAACCGAAACGCUCAACCUCACGUUCAUUGUCCACUGAUAAUUCCAACAAGGGUGACAGUAAAGGGAAGAAGGGGAAGCGAGGGGGCUCGGGCAAGAGUAAUGAUGGCAGAGGAUCGGCAUCUAGAGACUCGGCUAAAAGCCCACGGUCUAACCCAACUGGCACAGCGGGACGCAGAAGAAAGACCCCACCAUCUAGGGAAAGCCCAAGGCGGAGCAGCCAGGUGGACCACGUGUCAGAUGGGGGGCUCAGUGAUGGCGACCUUGAGGACAGAGACCUUCGUCCACACAAAUACAUCAUUGAAGCGCAGGUGUUGAAGGAAAGCUGGCCCCUCUCAGAGGCCGCAUGGAACUUUGUACAGAUGCUCAAAGAAAUGGAGAAAAAUGAACUUAAAGUGGCAUUUAAGGAAAAGGCAUUAGAUGAACCACCAAAGACAGAAAAGGCUCCCGCUGCCACAGACAAAGGCAAAGCAGGAAAAGGUGGGAAGGCUGGGAAAGACAAGGGGAAAGACAAGGAUGGAAAGGGGUCACGACCCCCUUCACAGCAGUUUGACCUCAUGAAGCCACACUGGACUCUCAGAUUUGUCAGCGAUGCUAAUGCAGUGGAUGAUGUUGAAGUGAAGAAGGACACAGAACGGGCAGAUGAAAUACGAGCUCUCAAGAAGGCCUGGGAGGAUGCCGAGCCCGGUAGAGCUGCCAAGGCAAUGCAGUCAAGACUGAAGUACCUGAAAGAGCACACAAUCAAGCUGGGUGGAGACGAUGAAGGCGAGGGAGCCCAGGGUGAAGGGGAGGGUGGAGACACAAAUCUUGACAUGCCCCCUCAAACCCCGGGCUCAUUCCUGGGUGACGAUGAAGGAGCUCUCAGCCUGGAACCCCCACCCCCUCCACAACCCAAGGAGUUGCUACAGCCUGUCGAUAUCACACCCUUCCUCAGGAGAACAUGCGAGAAGCCUCGUUAUCUUGACGAGGAAGAGAUGCAGCGUAAAUUAGUGGAGCAGCAACAGCAGAUUGCGGAGUACAAGACGUUCAGACAGUCGGUGGAGGAGUGGCGAAAACAAGAUCGCGAGCUACGCAACAACACCAAAGAGAAACAGAUCCUCGAGUGUGAAGAACUACAGGCUAUGCUGGAUGAUGCACGGAAAUCAGUGAACGAGCCGCGCGAAGCAUUCCGCCAGCGUUAUUUGGAGGCAGAACGCAAACGUCUUGAGGAAAUUGAAGCUGCAGAGGCAAAACUGCGCGCCGAUGCUGAGGUCAAAUCACCCAAGGGCAAGAAAGGCAGUGCCAAAGGAAAGAAAAGCCCAUCCGCUAAGAAGAAGAAAUAAUGAUGGUGGAUGAAUAGAGACUUAUGGAAAUGUAAUGCGUGUUUAGAUUACAGGAUUGUGUUGAUAUAGUAUUAUUUAUUACUCUGAUUGUGCUCCAUUUAGUAUUGGUUAUGAUUUUAUGAAAUAUAUACUACUUCUGUGUGAUAAUUUUUGUCAUGGAACAUUAGGGUUUAUGAGCAAAAUUAAUGUUAUGUGAUAUUUUUUUAUAACUUGUGUCUGUGAUAUUUUGAAUGAAUUAUUUAUGUAUUGUUGUUUGCCAUACAUGUAUUUAUUUUCUUUAUUGGAAAUAACCAUAAUAUAUACUGUGGUGAUCAAAAAAGAAUUUCUUUGUUUAAUAAUAUAUCCGUCCAAAACUUUGUUGACACUUAUACAUGUGAUAUCUUCAGAGGCUUAAAUUAGUAAAAUUACGCAUACAUGUACUGUUAUACACUAGUGAGGUUUACUUGAUGCUGUAUGAAUGAAAUGGAAUUUAUAUUUUUCGAAGUCUAUGAUUUUAAUGUUACUUUUUGAAAUAAAGGUAAAAAGUAC